AUGCUCCAGGAACUGCCCCAAUCUCGACCGGACAUCUGGGAGGUCCAUAACCAUGUGUGCAGACUGCGUGGCGUGCCGCCCCAUCUCCGUCGUCUUUCAGUUCUCCCUGAACCAGCGACCAACACGCUCGACGCACCGGACGGCCUCGACUCGAUCUUCUCAGCCGCGCCCCCAUCGGCCGCCGUCUCGACCAAGGAGGCCGACUCCGUCGUCCCCAUGCGGGUCGGCAGGCCGACGGUCAAGAGCAAGCCCGGGCCCAACAACGGGGAGCCGUUCUUCAACCCCGUCCACCAGCCGGCCCCGGCUGCGACCACCGGCUUCCCCGCCAAGAAACACUCGCCGCCCAAAGAGUCAGACUUGUUUGCACGCGAAGCUGCCGCCGGGUUCGGAGACGCCUUCCUCUUGUCGCCCUCGCCCCAGAUCACCGCCUUCAAGCCGGUCGCCGGCGCAGCACAGAGGCCGGCCCUCGGCGGAAACCCCUCCCCCAGCUUAUCUGGAUCCCGCUCCCACAUGUCGCUCAAGCCUUCGGCUGCUGCGCCUACGCCCAUGAUUCGGCGCGACUCGAAACCGGCCACAUCGUCGGCAGCGUUUGAAGACCUCGUCCCUCUGACCAAGAAACCCACGCCCAAAACGCUGAACGAGAUGCGCAGUGGGCUCGGCUUGGUUGCCUCCACCUCGACCGGCCCUUCGAUGGCCAGCGGGAAAACCAAAGUGUCUGCUAAUUCAUUCACCAGCAAGCCUGGCUUGCUCCCACAGGAACCCACCAGCAUGUCGAUCAGCAGCGGCACACUCUCGCAGAAAACGGGGCCGUAG